UUCAUAUCAUACGUAGAACAGAACUCAAUUUUACUGUCAACUUGACAUUUCACCGUAUUGUAUUAGGAAAACAUUGGCAUCAUAUGAUUACAUGGUUUUCUUUCUCCAUAAAAUCUCUCGCUUUGUUUAUAACCUUCAAAUUGUGUUUAUUUAAUGAAAUGGACGACUCGGAGUUGAACUCGUCCGAGCUGGGUACCCAGACGUACUGGCAACAGGCGUACACAAAGGAAAUAAGUAAUUUUGAGGAGCACGGCGAUCCCGGAGACGUCUGGUUCGGAGAGGACAGCGCUUACAGAGUCGUGGACUGGAUAUGUAGAAACGUUGAGGAUAAGAACACCGCUAUUAUAGAUUUAGGAUGUGGAAAUGGCUACUCACUGUGUGAGCUGGCCCGGGAAGGCUUCACCAAGCUGCUGGGAGUAGAUUAUUGUCAAGAAGCCAUCACACUCGCUGAGAAGGUGUCUAAGAGGGAGUUCCCGAUUAUUGACUUUAAGGUAUUCGACAUAACAGAGGACGCCGUGUCCGAAGUAGGCACAUUCGGUGUGGUACACGACAAAGGCACAUACGAUGCAGUCAGUCUACAUCCAGAGAACGCCAAAGAACGGCGACAGAAGUACAUAGACCAGGUGGCGGCCAUUAUGGAACCUGACGGUAUAUUCGUAAUAACUUCGUGCAACUGGACAGAAGACGAACUUGCGAGCCAGUUCGCCCACCGGUUUAGAGCAAAGUGUAUCAUACCCACCCCGCAGUUCAAGUUCGGGGGUAAAGUCGGUGGGGUGGUGUCGUCAGUUGUUUUUGUACAUAAGGAUAGUAAAUAGAUUGGUUAUA